UUUCAUCUGCAGUCGGUUGCUUCAGCCUUACCACUCAAACAAGCCCUGUGAAGAAGCAGAGAUACUUUUGAGGAGAUGGAAAACUCCAUUGGAAUGGUAUUACCGCCCAUUGUGUACGUUGCCCAUAAUGGGCCGCGCGGUGCAUUUGGGGUGAUUCUGGGACAAGGAGAGAGCUCCUUUUAAGGAGUGAAUGGGAGUCAAUUGGUCGCUAGCUCAAAAACCCAACAUUAGCAUGUAUUUCAUGAAUAAGAAGUACAUUACAAAUAUUUUGAGACGUGAUAUCAUUAACUUGUCUGUAAUAUAGUAUAGCUUUGUAAUCGUGACAUUAUGUACUUUAGAGGAAAAUAGGCAGGUUUGUCGACUCAGCCUGACAACUUCAACGCGAUUAGUCGACAGUCUGCUGGAUGGUGCCUUAUACGUUGAUAUUUAUUUAUUUAACAUCUCUGGUUAAAGUAUUCUGUGCAUCCCCGGCCUCAUUCACAUUGUAGCUAUCGUUUUCUAGUCGGAGGCAUUUGGGAGUUGAAAAAUCACUUCCGGCAAGUAACUUGGAUGGUAAAGGUUAGAGGUAGCCUUGUUCAGUUCUCAAAACAUUCACAUUGGUGGGAUAUAUCCGAGCACAUUCUGCAUUGACCUCGCCUGCUUCAAAGUGUUUAAAGAGGAGGAAUUCAAGACUUUACUGCUCCCUCUUCCAAGUAUUAUCAAAUCUUUGGUACGAUACAUAGCUAGCUACUUACACGGUUUUGAACGUUUGCUUGCUAGAUAACGUUAGCGAACCUCAGUUUAUGCGUUAGCUCGGUGCCACCAAAUAUAGGACAAAGUUGCAAAUCGAACCCAAACGUUAGUACAGACAAAUAAUACGAACUAGAUUUAAUGCGACUUGUUAGCUAGGUGAUGUGAAAGAAUGGGUUUUAGUAAAUAAACGAGUUAUCAACCACGCUCAAUUGAGGUUUUCAUGUGAGCACUGGAGCUUGUUUCGGUAUUUUAAUGGGAGGCGGGCUGCGUUGGAGUGCAUCUAGUGGGCGACACUUGCGAAGAAGGCGGAGGUGCCGGCGACCUGCUAGGCUUGGAUGGAGUCGCUUGCCGGGUACGUCUACAAAGCGGCCGCUGAGGGCCGAGUCCUGACGCUGGCCGCCUUGUUGCUCAACCACUCCAAGCCAGAGACACGAUAUCUACUGAGUUACGUGACCCAUCUCGCCGGCCAAAGGUCAACUCCUCUCAUCAUCGCAGCUCGAAACGGACAUGACAAAGUUGUGAGGCUGCUGCUAGAUCACUACAGGGUGGAUACUGAACAAACUGGCACAGUCAGAUUUGAUGGGUAUGUCAUUGAUGGGGCCACUGCUCUGUGGUGUGCGGCUGGCGCAGGACACUUUGAGGUAGUCCGCCAGUUGGUGUGCCACCAGGCCAAAGUCAACCACACCACUGUCACCAACUCCACCCCCCUGAGGGCAGCCUGCUUUGACGGGUGUCUGGACAUUGUGAAAUACCUGGUGGACCACCAGGCCAAAAUCGGCAUCGCCAACAAGUACGACAACACCUGCCUGAUGAUUGCUGCCUACAAGGGCCAUACGGACGUAGUGGGCUUCCUGCUGGAGCAUGGAGCUGACCCCAACUCCAAGGCCCACUGUGGGGCUACCGCCCUGCACUUUGCUGCUGAGGCGGGCCACCUGGACAUCGUUAAGGAGCUGGUGCGCUGCCAGGCUGCCAUGGUGGUGAACGGCCACGGCAUGACACCGAUCAAGGUGGCGGCGGAGAGCUGCAAGGCGGAGGUGGUGGAGCUGCUGCUGUCUCAUGCCGACUGUGGCCCGCACAGCCGCAUCGAGGCCCUUGAGCUGCUGGGUGCCUCGUUCGCCAACGACCGGGAGAACUAUGACAUCCUCAAGACCUACCACUACCUGUACUUGGCCAUGCUGGAGCGCCACCGUGAUCUCAUCGCCAAGGAGCUGCUUCCGCCCAUCGAGGCCUACAGCGGCCGGGGCGAGUGCCGCACCCUGCAGGAGCUGGAGGCAAUACGGGCAGACCGCAACGCGCUGCACAUGGAGGGCUUGAUGGUGCGUGAGCGUAUCCUGGGCUCGGAUAACAUCGACGUGUCGCACCCCAUCAUCUACCGGGGAGCUGUGUACGCCGACAAUAUGGAGUUCGACCAGUGCAUCAACCUGUGGCUGCACGCUCUGCACCUGCGUCAGAAGGGCAACCGCAACACGCACAAGGACUUGCUGCGCUUCGCCCAGGUCUUCUCCCAGAUGGUGCACCUGAAGGAGCCGGUGGGGGCGGAGCCAGUGGAGCAGGUGCUACACUGCAGCGUGCUGGAGAUCCAGAGGAACAUCGCAAGGGUGGAGGCGGCGCCUGAGGCAGAGCUGGACACGGCCAUGGACAACUAUGAGUCCAAUAUGUUCACCUUCCUCUACCUGGUGUGCAUCAGCACCAAGACUGUGUGUGGCGAGGAGGCACGUGCCCAUGUCAACGAGCAGAUAUACAACCUGAUCCAGCUGGAUCCGCGUUCACGGGAGGGCUUGUCCCUGUUGCACCUGGCCAUCAGCUCCAGCACGCCUGUGGACAACUUCCACACCAAAGACGUGUGCAGCUUCCCCAACGCGCAAGUCACCAAGCUGCUGCUGGACUGCGGUGCGCAAGUGAACGCGGUGGACCAUGAGGGCAACAGUCCUCUGCACAUCAUCGUCCAGUACAACCGGCCUAUCAGCGACUUCCUGACGCUGCACGCCAUCAUCAUCAGCCUGGUGGAGGCGGGCGCCCACACUGACAUGACCAACAAGCAGAAGAAGACGCCACUGGACAAGAGCACCACGGGUGUGUCGGAGAUCCUGCUCAAGACCCAGAUGAAGAUGAGCCUCAAGUGCAUUGCGGCACGUGCCGUGCGCCAGCACCAAAUCACCUUCCGCAACCAGAUCCCUAAGACCCUGGAGGAGUUUGUGGAGUUCCACUGAUGCACCUUGCCAAGGACACUUUUUAAACCAUUAGAAAACUUGUUCUUGUGUUUUUUAUAUUUUUUUAAUGUUCUAAUUUUCUAUCAAAUCAGAAUGGUGCUUGCUGCUGAUGAUGAUUAGGAACAGUCGGAUGCAUUUUGUUUUUUACAACAAUGGUUCCUUUUUUCUGUUUUAAGUAUGAAUCACAAGUACCUGCAGCAUCACCCAUAUUCUCAUUCUCCCAUAUCUCUCCCACUGAAGUGGUAUGGUCUGUGGCUGUCAUUGUGACACAGUGGGUGUCACUAGCAGAAUGAGGAAAUUGUCAGCCUGCUUUGAGCUUUCACUUUCCCAGAGUGUUCCAAAGAGAAUACCUGGCAAAGCCAAGCAUCCACGCAAUGGUGACAACAGCAGGACCUUUUGGCUGCUUGUAGUGCAUGGACCCAAUUGUCCCAGACUCCCAGCUAGGUUCGCAACCAUGAAAAGUAGCAUUACUCUAUUGAUUCAUUUUGCAGGUUUCCUUUUGAAGUGGUGUUGUUUGCAGUGAUUAUUAAGGCCCGUUGUUUGAGCAUGUGAAUGUGUGUCCGUGAGAGAAGGGGAGAUGAAAAGGUAGUUGUUGAAUUUAGAACUUUGUACUUAAGAGUUGGUUUUUUCAUAUCCAAUAUAAAAAAAGUUUAUUUAAGAGGUGUGAUUUUGUUUUGUUCUUAAAAAUAUAUGUAUAAUGAGCUUUCUUUUACAUGAACACUGACUGGUAAAGAUGUGCCUUUUAUAUUUUGGAAUAAUUAGGCCUAGAUAUCGCUUGUCACCAAUACGUGACUUGCUUGGCUUCUGUGUGUGAAGACUCCACGGCUUUGCUUGAGCUUUGCCACAUAAUGGCCGUUUUUAAAUGGAUUCUGCUGGUAUUGAUGUUUGAGCAUGUCUUCCAUUCUCCGUCUUUUGUGUGUGCGUUCGCAUGCUAAGCGACUGAGAGAGGGACUGUGGAGUGUUCGUGGCGGUGUUGAAUGUAGGCCUAUAGCCUAGGCUUUUCCACUCAUGCUUGCAACCUGUCGUUUGUCCUUAACUAACGAUUCUACUGUCUGUCAUUUUGUGUGUUCGAAUCGGAUGAUCAGAGAUUUAAAGCUGAGAAUGAAAGGCGAUUUGAUUCAAGAUUUUCAUCCAAGUAAAUCAUAGCGUGGUGUUGUACAACUGAAAAUGCUAUAUUGAUUUGACCAGAUUUUACUUAACUGUGUGACCAUAUGUUUUUAUUUUGGGGGGCUUGAGUGGAGAUUGUAUGUGUUUGAGGUGAGUAGUGGACUGAGAUGCAAAUUAGCCUAAAGACAGUUUAACUCAGUGUUUCUUCAUCAGUUUACGUUUGUCAGAAAUACUCAUGCAUUGAAGACAUGAAAGAUAUUGCCUUUGUACACUUGCUGCAGAUACGAAGUUGGUGUCAUAUGAAAGCUCUGUUUCCCAAUAUUUCAUUGGCCUCUUGAGAUUUGUCUUUCCCCUUAAGUUAAUACAAUUGAUUUAAUCCGA